UCCUUCUGUUGGUUUCUUUUGGUUUGCUUCGAAUGUGGAAUAGGAUAUUUGGAUUCUAGUUGCUAGGGAGGAACGGAGAUGUGCUUCCAAUUAAUGAUUUAGUUACUGGGUAGCAAAGGAGAAUUGGUUUUGAACGGCAAACGGGUUCUGGUUCUUGUUGCAGGCUGCACAGGUCAUUUCCCCUCCUCCCCCCUCGCGGAAGAAAAUGCCGUCAUCUUCUUCAAUCUCUGUUCCUCAAGAAGUUUCCACUUACGAUGAGCUGUCUAUGGAACAAAGCUUGGUAUUCUCGGACAAUCUCAAGGAUUUGAAGAAUCUAAGGACACAGUUAUAUUCUGCAGCAGAGUACUUCGAAUUGUCCUAUACCAAUGAUGACCAGAAACAGAUGGUGGUGGAUACUUUGAAAGAUUAUGCUAUAAAAGCUCUAGUUAAUACAGUAGACCAUUUGGGUUCUGUGACAUUUAAGGUUAAUGGUUUCUUGGAUGAAAAAGUUGAUGAAGUUUUGGGAACUGAGCUUCGGGUCUCUUGCAUUGAACAGAGACUACGGACAUGCCAAACAUACAUUGAUCAUGAAGGACUAACCCAACAAUCACUGGUCAUCACAACUCCCAAGUAUCAUAAGCGGUACAUCCUACCAGUUGGUGAGACAAUCAGGGGUUCUAGCUGUGCAGCAUCAAAAUAUCAAGGAUGCAACCUAGAUAAUGAAGAUGAGAGGCAUCAUUUUAAGAACGCUGUUCGAGCGACAAUUCGAGAAACCCCAUCAUUGUUGGUAAGAAAAGGGCGUUCUCCAUCACCUUCUCCACGAGCUCCUACACAACCUGGAACCUUUACCUUCACAGAGAAGCGGACAGUCUCACCCCUCCGGUCUGCAUUUCCACUCUUACGUUCUGGUUCUCUCUCAAGUAGGCCAACCACUCCUAUCCGAAGCCGGGCGACUACUCCAAGCUCUAAUAAUGCAAGACAACGGUACCCUUCCGAACCAAGGAAAUCGGCUUCACUAUGUCUCCCAGCUGAGAGGGACAGCCCAAAAGAGAAUGAACAAAACCCUAGCAAAAGUAAACGUCUCCUCAAAGCCUUGCUCAGUCGGCGCAAGUCAAAGAAAGACGAUAUGCUGUAUACUUACUUGGAUGAAUACUGAGAUAGCAAUGGAGAUGGAAACACAUAUAGGCGCCAACACCAAGGAACUGUUCGUACAUUGUUGCAACAGGGUAUGUCGAGAAAUCUAUAAAGAGAGAAUUGGGCCUCUUUCAAGAUGCCUUGGUGGUGAAAUGAUAGACACAGGAGACAAAUUAUGGAAGCGAGCAAUGCAAUGUGACUUAUACUGGCUUAUCUAAAAUCUCGCCGUUUUGUUUA